UACAAAGAAAUCAAAUAAACAAUUAAAAAAGUUAGCCGUAAGUUCUACUUUACAGUUCACUAUAAAGAAUUCCAUCCAAUAGCGACAAUACUCGUCUUAAAUACGUAACAGUAAGUUUAUAAAAGUUAAACAAACAUUUCUUAAUGUUCCUCCAAUAUAUAAAAUAACUUUCCAGUUAAAACUCUUAAGUGACAAAAACUGUCUUUCAAAUGCUUUUGAAAGCAUUUCAAAAUAUUUCAAUUCAAAUUGUUGGAUAUUUCCUAAACAAAAUGGAAAGAGUUAAUGAAAUGUAAUGAUUGUCAAAGUUUAAAAAAAGUCGAUUCAAUCCAAAGAACGAUCGAAUAGUUAGAAAUAGAGAGAUAGAAAGAGAACCGCACACACAGAACCUUGUGAAUCCCAUUCAACUAACCUAAUGAUAGUGCGACGUUUUACAGUCGCCUUCUUUCAAAUUUUCACGAAAGGCCUCAUCGAGUUAUUCGCUGAAAUUGGAUCCGCCUGGCAAGGGAAAAGUUAAAGCCAAGAGAAAGCCAUUAAGCACACCGGCCUCACCCUCACGAGUACGCAGUGAGCCACAAUGCACUUGUAUGACUGCCGAACAAUAUGCACGCUUGAGAAAUGAUCCCAGAGUACGAGGUUCUUCCACUUUGCCACGCAAUGUGGGUUCUCGCGUUGCAGCCGACGCCGAUGGACAAGCACAUCAGAAAGUCACAAAUGCUACGAGCAGCACUUCACUCUAUGAUAAUGUCGCCAGCGGUGGUGGUGGCGGCAACCAAGGUCUAGGCUCUGCUGGUGAUACUUUAGGUCGUCAAAUUAAAACUCAAGAUGCUGCCGCUGCAACCAAUGGUGGUGUAUGUGGUGGUGCUGGUGGCGCAGCCAAUGCUGCCGGAGUUUCUUCUGGCGAUAUUUGUUCCCAAAAUCAUGUUGGCUCUCAAGCUGGUCCCGAAGAUGCUUUAGGCGGUCAAUCCGAUGUUGAUAUGGCCAAAAGUGAAGGCACCCAAGCAGGUGGCCCAUUACAUCAAUCGGUGGGAACUUCUACAAAAUCUACUGGAACUCGUUCCAAAGAAUAUGCUGAUGAUAUGGUGAGUGUUGACUAAUAAAUCUAGUUAGAC